AUGACUGAGGUCGGGCCUGCCGACCGCUCCAGGCUUUUGCGAUCCAAACGCGAUGAAAUCAGUUCAAUUGUAACGUCGAGGAAGCGGAAGCUCCGUCAGCUCUUUGCUGUCGCGACCGAGGGCGAUGCACUCCCCACAAACGACUUCGCGAAUCCUGACGCGCCGCCAGCUACCGCAGCCGAACUUCAGUUCCUGCAGCGCUGCGACAUUUCACAAGGACGAAAGCUCAGUGAAGCGAAUCUUCCUGCUCGACCUCAGCUGCGCUACGAUGUCCUAAGACAAUCCCUCGACAACUCUGGCCUCUUCGCACCCGAGCCAGCGCCUGUUCCUCCCGCGAAGCAAGAUGCUGUGCUCCCCAAACCCCAAACGAAGACCGCUCCUGCGCCGUCGCCAAAGCCGGCUGCACCUGCACCCAGUGAUUUGAAUGGCACUGCACCCGAACCCCGAACACCUGCGACCUUCACCCUUCCUCCCUCACUUCCACCGAAGCCCCCGACGCCUGUGCCUGCUGCGGCGACACCAAAUCGACCUGGAGCUUCCAAGCCGCCCACAUUGGCUGCUUCAGGUCCGCCACCGCCGUCACCUGUAGCAGCUCCCACGAAGAAUCCUUUGCACGCAUCGCGAGAAGGCGCUACCGAAAAGGUAGAAAUCGCCGCUGUGGAAAAGCCAGCACCGACGCCCCUGAAAGAAAACCCGAAUGGCAUCCCGAAGAAGGCCGAGCCAAGAAAGGGCGAUGCGCCGCAGGCUGUCUCCAGUCAACCGGUCGCGAAGUCACCGGCUGCCCAGCUACCUGCUCGUCCAGACUUCAAAAAGGCCGAGGAGACGGCCCCUGUGGCUGCCAAACCGCCACCCGAAACAGCAAAGGUAGCCGAUGGACUUUCAUCACCAGGGUCAACGACACAGACGGCCGCGACUCCUGCUGUUCAUGACGCCUCGACAGAUACUAGCCCCGACAACGAGGGCCCUCAGUAUGUGGAACGGGCGGAGACAUCAAAUGAAGGAGAGGCAGCGGAAAGGGCAGAGGAGGCCAAGGGGACCGAAGGCGGUGCUUCUCCUGACGCAGAUUCUCUCAAUGGCAGAAUACCAGAUGGACCCGAAGCGCAGCUCCUGCAGGAGUCCAUGGCGAUGGGCUCCAAGCCAACACCGCCUGUUAUCGCAACAAGAGCGUCGCCUCCUGCGACACCUGUGCCGCCCCCUGAUGAAGUGAAAGCCGCAGAGCCCACGACAGCAGAGUCUGCUACACCAAGCGUGGCCCAGAGUGCUACUCCAACGCCGGCUGUGCCGCCUACAGCCCAGUCGGUCAAGGAGAUUCCGGACAGCCAGGAGUCGCAGGCUCCCGAAAAGAUGGAUGUAGACCAACCAGAUGUGGACCAGACUGGGGGAAAACCUUCCGUCGAGGUACAAGAUGCACCUGUUGAGCCCAGCCAAGCCGAAACGCAGACUCCUAAAGCUUUAAAUCAAGCCCCACAGACGCCGCAGGACCCAGAUCGAGCGGUCACUCGAACAGCUUCUGGUACGAUAAGACAGAAGUCGGUGGCCGAAAUUUUAGGAGAAGCAACCCCAGAGACCCAAGUGGCUACCAAAAUGCCAGCAAGUCAACUCACACCUCUCACCUCCACACCCCAGUCUCCGCCCUCCAGACCAAAGACAUUUGCCAACAAGAAGAGGGACAAGGAGAAGGCUAGGAAUAAGCCUUCUGAAGUCGUCUUUGGCAAGCAAACCAAACGAUCAGCGGACAAGUCCUUGGUGCCUAGCCAGCAGAAGCAAAGUUUUCUGCCGACAGACGACUACUUUACACCACUCUUUGUACAAGGUUUUACCCAGACAUCAAAGUGGAUGAAGCCGAUAGAGGUCAUCCUCAAUCAAUCCCACAAGACAGUGUCCACCCCGGAUGCCUACGUGGCGAUACAAGACAACCAGGCAUGCAGAGUGCUUCGACGCGUUUACCAUCUGCAGCAGCACGACAAAUGGUCGUUGCGGCAGCCAAAGAGGUGCCCGGAACCUAUACGCCCGGAAAGUCAUUGGGAUGUGCUGCUUCAGGAGAUGAAGUGGAUGAGGACGGACUUUCGGGAAGAGAAGAAAUGGAAACUUGCGGCCGCACGCAACCUCGCGCACGCCUGCGCCGAGUGGGCUGCUUCAAGCGAGGAAGAACGCAAGGAGCUCCAAGUUUCUGCGUACAUCCCGCCCAAGGAGCAGCCGGCCGAACCCGAGACCGAAGGCGAUGCCUCCAUGGCUGACAUCUCGUUGGAUAUUGUUGAUGCACACGCAACUCCCGAGUUGGUAUCGUCAGGCGACCUGGACUCGCCCGAACAUGUUGACGAGCUGCGAGAGGAGGUUCUUGAGACCGUCGCACCGUCUGCCAUCUUUGCUCUCGAAGAUGACGACGUUGUCUUUGAGCUCCGCAGUUCACCGACCGCAGACCAGCUGCUUCAAGAGCUUCCAAUGUAUGGCACACCACUCAAGAUCCCAGCGUUCGACUUCACCGUCCCCGAAUUCGACCCUGAUGCACACUGGCGUCGCCCUGCUCUUCCUCUCAGCAAGUACGUUGAGGGCGAGAUGAAGCUUUCUUCGGAUGGGCCUCCCAGGAAGAGGAGUCGAUACCAGUACGAAGAGGAAGAAGAGGAUGACGAUGAGAAGGUUGUGUUUGGAUCCCAGCCCGCAAAGACAAUGAAGUUGCAGCCGCAGAAUGCCGAUGUGGCCCUGUUCAACCCCGAAAUGAAGUCAAUUAGAGACCGGCUUCACGCUGGCCAUCAGUUCCGCCCUCCAGCUGAGUACCAGAUGCCCAUGCAAAGCUUCUACGAAUGUCGCAGCCCCUCGCAAUGGACUUUGGCAGAGGACGACGAGCUGCGAAGCCUUGUCCGCGAGUACUCAUACAACUGGUCGCUCAUUUCCAGCCUUCUCACGCCUAGAUCCCUGUUCACAUCCGGAGCUGAGCGGAGGACGCCGUGGGAAUGCUUCGAGCGUUGGAUCAACCUGGAAGGUCUCCCCACGGACAUGCAGAAGACGCAAUACUUUAAAGCAUAUCAGAAUAGGAUUGAUGCUGCCAACCGUGUUAUCAUGCAACAGAACCAAAUUGCGCAGCAACAAGCCGCUGGCUCGACGGCUCCAGCAACGCCGGUCGCAAGACGCAGACCGUCAACGCCGCUCAGGGUCGAGCGACGACGCAACCAGAAGCACCUCACGCUGAUCGAUGCCAUGAGGAAGCUCGCAAAGAAGCGCGAGACCGCGGCUCAGAAACAGCAGCAUGCCACCCAGAUGGCAGCCAUGCGCAAGGCUAACGAGGCUGCGCAACCCAGAGGACCUACCAAGACACCUAGGGAUUACAGCUUGAUGAGGUGGGAGCGCGACCAGCAGCUUGCCGAGAAGGUGGCCCAGUUUCACCAGCGCCAGGAGGCUCAGAGACGCAUCACCAUGCAGCAGCGAGGCCAGGUCGCCGCCCAGAUCGCUACGACGCCCGCCGCAGGCCAAGUGCCGGCAGGUGCCGCAGGUCAAGUCAAUGGCAACAUGGCCCGUCCCAACAUGCCUAAUCAGCUCGCCGUCCCGGGUCAAGCAGGACGAGGUCGCAUGCCGAUGCAGGCUCCGACUGCAAACAUGGGCGGGGUUCCCGCUCAGAUGAGUGGGCUUGUGCCUCCCAUGCCAAUGAACGGGGUGCAGACGGCUCAGAUGCAAGCGGCGCUGCAGGCUCAGCAUAGGAUGCCAAUGCCCAACCCUCAGCCUGAUGUCAACCUCAUGAUGCAAGCACGCCGUAUCUCAGAGCAGCAACGACAGGCUGUUCAGCUGCAGCAGGCUCAACAACAAGUUCAGCAACAGGUUCACCAACAGCAGCCGCAGCAGCAGCAACAACAACAACAACAACAACAUCAGCAGCAGCAGCAACAGCAGCAACAACCACAACCACAGCAACCGGCUCAGCAGCAGCAACAAGGCCAGCAGCUGCACCAGGGAACACCAACAUCUCAUGCGUCUCAGUCUCACUCUCCGCCAAACAUGCGGCCCGCGUCGGUCAAUGGCGUUCACGGCGCUAAUGGCGUCAAUGGCGUCAAUGGGGUUAAUCAACAGAGCUUCAUCGCCAAUGCCCAGGCUAAUGCCCAGGCCAUGAUGGCAUUCAACGCUGCAAAUAGUGGUGGGGUGGCUACGUCCCCUGCCGGUGGUCUUCACAUGCCUAAUGGCACUUCGGGCUCACCUCGCCCCCUGACACAGGUGCCGGCCGGCAUUCAGCAGCAGCUAAGUAACCUCGAAAACCAAUACCGGCUCAAGAACCCGAGCUGGACGCCUGAGCUGGUACGCCAACACGCCACGGAGCAUCUCACUCGCCUAAUGAUUCAUCAGAGGACGACAAUGUCUCAAAAUGCCAUGAAUGCGGCCGCUGGUGGUGGAGGCGCCUCGUCACCUGGCAUUGUUAACGGCAUCGCCGCCACGACCAGCCCGCAUCAAUAUGCUGCUCUUCUUAGACAGCAGCAGCAACAACAAGCAGCUGCGGCAGCGGCACAGAAUGGCCAGCCUCAGAAUGGGCAGCAUCAGCAAGCGCACCAGCAGCAUCAUGGCCAGCAACAGGCGCAGCAGCAUCAUCAGCAGAAUGGUCAACAGCAACACGUACAGCCUCAGCACAUCCAACAUCAGCAGCACCAGGCGCGGCCUCAGUCCACAACCCAGCCGCAGCACACGCCGCAGCCUCCGCAGUCUCAGCAGCUUCCGAAGCAGACACACGCGCCUCAGCAAGCACAGCAGGCCCAGCAGAUUCAAAGGCCCCAGUCGGCUCAGUCGGCCCAGGCCCUCCACGCCGCGCAGCUUCUUCAGGCUCAGAAGCUCCAGCAAGCUCAGAAGGCCCAGCAAGCGCAACAGGCUCAGCAUGCCCAGCAAGCUCAAAAGCCGCAACAGCCACAGCAGCAGGCCCGGCAGACGCCGCAGGUACAACAAGUUCAGAAGACGCAGCAAUCGCCGCAGGUCCAGCAGGCUCAGAAGGCGCAGCAAUCGCCGCAGGUCCAGCAGGCUCAAAAGGCGCAACAAUCUCCUCAGGUCCAGCAGGCUCAGAAGGCGCAACAAUCUCCUCAGGUUCAGCAAGCAUCAAAGACGCAGCAGUCACCUCAGGCUCAACAGGCGCAGCAGCUUCAGCAGGCUCAACACCUCCAGCAGGCACAUCAAUCCCAGCAGGCUCAGCCAUCCCAGCAAGCUCAACAAUCACAACAGCCGGCCCAGCAGAAAGCACUGCCGCAAGUCCAGCAGCAAGCUCAGCAGCAGGCCCAGCAGGCUCAACAGCAACAAGCUCAGCAAGCUCAACAGCAGCGCCAAGCUAGCGGAAGCGCCACUCCAUCUGCUACAGCCGCGUCGUGA